UCCUCUGGCCGCCUGGGACGCAGGGUGUGUCCGGAGGGGCUGCGGCAGCCUCCACAGUCACAAUGUGAGCUCCGAGGGCGGAGGUUGGGGGAAGAGGGAAGCGGGACCGCCCGCGCUCCUUCGGGAGGAAGGCUGUCCAGCCUCAGGAGAGGAGGAGGAAGAGAAAGAAGAGAAGAGGGAGCCUGGCCCGGCGGAAAGGAGAGCGGCAGUGACGGCAGUUACGGGAGGGGAGGGGCAGGAGGAGCCGAGGGGAGGACAGCGCCAUUCCGGACCCGGCCACUCCCUCGUUUCAGUCCGUCUACCCCUCGGUUCCCUCCCUCCCUCUCCGUCUCCCGGAGCUCGGCUCUGCCCAGGGAGUGACGGGCUUCCGCUCUGCCGCCGUCCGCCGCGGCGUCUUGGGUUUCUGAGUUCCUGCUCGCUCGCUUCUCCUUCCACCUUCCUUUCUUUCCCAUGGCCCCCCGUAGGGGCGCCCCAGGCGUGCUGCGCUGAGGCCAGGACCGCCCUCUAGCCCCCUCCUCCCCUUGGCCCGGCUCUUCCUCCCUCCCUCCCCGGCCCCAGGUCUCCAGGAACCGUUUUCAUCCUCUGCCCGCAAUCCUCACCCGGGGCCUGGCCAAGCUGUCCUCGGGGGGAAGGGGAAAAGGAAGAGGGGAGAGGAGAAAGGAGGAGACAUCGAGAGCCUGCAAACGAGAGCCAGGCAACCGCGGGGGGCAAGAGGACGAGGAGGACGAGGAGCCGCCACCGCCGCCGCCGCCGCCGCGGGGGCCAUGACCGUGGAGCAGAAUGUGCUGCAGCAAAGCACCUCCCAGAAGCACCAGCAGACGUUUUUGAAUCAGCUCAGAGAAAUCACCGGCAUCAAUGACACGCAGAUACUGCAGCAAGCCUUGAAGGAUAGCAACGGAAACUUGGAAUUAGCUGUGGCUUUCCUGACCGCGAAGAAUGCCAAGACACCUCAGCAAGAGGAAGCGACUUACUAUCAAACAGCCCUUCCUGGCAAUGAUAGAUACAUCAGUGUGGGAAGCCAAGCAGAUACAAAUGUGAUUGAUCUCACUGGAGAUGAUAAAGAUGAUCUUCAGAGAGCAAUUGCCUUGAGUUUGGAAGAAUCAAACAGGGCUUUCAGGGAGACUGGAAUAACUGAUGAGGAGCAAGCUAUUAGCAGAGUCCUGGAAGCCAGCAUCGCGGAGAACAAGGCCAGCCUGAAGAGGACGCACACGGAGGUCUGGAACGAUUCUCCAAAUCCCCACGACCGGAAAAGGCAGGACAACUGCCCCGUGGGGCUGAAGAACGUGGGCAACACGUGCUGGUUCAGUGCCGUCAUCCAGUCACUGUUUAACCUUCUGGAAUUCCGAAGAUUAGUGCUGAAUUACAGCCCUCCGGCCAGCGCCCAAGACCUCCCCCGGAACCAAAAGGAACAUCGAAAUCUGCCUUUUAUGCGUGAGCUGCGGCAUCUUUUCGCACUGCUUGUUGGUUCCAAGAGAAAAUAUGUCGAUCCUUCAAGAGCAGUUGAUAUUCUUAAAGAUGCUUUCAAGUCGAAUGGCUCCCAACAGCAGGAUGUGAGCGAGUUCACCCACAAACUGCUGGACUGGUUAGAAGACGCCUUCCAAAUGAAAGCCGAAGAGGAAAGGGACGGAGAGAAACCAAAGAAUCCGAUGCUCGAAUUAUUCUAUGGAAGGUUCCUAGCAGUGGGCGUGCUCGAAGGUAAAAAAUUCGAAAAUACGGAGAUGUUUGGUCAGUAUCCUCUUCAGGUGAAUGGCUUUAAAGACUUGCACGAAUGCCUGGAAGCUGCCAUGAUUGAAGGAGAGAUCGAGUCAUUGCACUCAGAGAAUUCAGGAAAGUCUGGCCAAGAGCAUUGGUUUACGGAACUUCCGCCUGUACUGACCUUUGAAUUAUCGAGAUUUGAAUUCAAUCAGGCCUUGGGAAGACCAGAGAAAAUUCACAACAAGUUAGAAUUUCCUCAAGUUUUAUAUCUGGACAGAUAUAUGCACAAAAACAGAGACAUAACAAGGAUCAAACGGGAUGAGAUCAAGAGGCUAAAAGAGUACCUUACAGUAUUGCAGCAGCGACUAGAAAGAUAUUUAAGCUAUGGUUCUGGCCCUAAGCGAUUCCCCUUGGUAGAUGUUCUGCAGUAUGCCCUGGAGUUUGCCUCGAGUAAGCCUGUUUGCACUUCUCCUGUUGAUGAUAUUGAUGCUAGUUCCCCACCUAGUGGUUCCCUACCAGCACAGACAUUACCCAGCCCAGCAGAGCAACAACAGGGAAUUCCUUCAGAACUUCCAAGCACAUCACCGACACCAAGAUCAUUUAUAUAUAAGCCAUUUACACAGUCACGAAUACCUCCAGAUUUGCCCAUGCAUCCAGCACCAAGACACAUAACAGAAGAAGAACUUUCUGUACUAGAAGGCUGUUUGCAUCGCUGGAGGACUGAAGUAGAAAAUGACACUAGAGAUCUGCAGGAAAGCAUAUCUAGAAUUCAUCGUACAAUUGAACUAAUGUAUUCUGACAAGUCUAUGAUACAAGUUCCUUAUCGCUUGCAUGCGGUGUUGGUUCAUGAAGGCCAAGCGAACGCCGGCCACUAUUGGGCAUACAUUUUUGACCAUCACCAAGAAAGGUGGAUGAAGUAUAACGACAUUUCUGUGACCAAAUCAACAUGGGAGGAGCUGGAGCGGGACUCGUUCGGUGGCUACAGAAAUGCCAGCGCUUACUGCUUGAUGUACAUUAACGACAAGGAACAAUUCUUAAUACAAGAAGACUUCCACAAGGAGACGGGACAGAAGCUCGUCGGCAUGGAAACGCUCCCGGCAGAUCUGAGGGACUUUGUCCGAGAGGACAACCAGAAGUUUGAAAGGGAGCUGGAGGACUGGGACAGGCAGCUGGCCCAGAACGCCCUGCAGGAGAAGAUGGCCGCCUCCCUGAAAGGGAGGGAGCCCGCCCCGCCCACCACGGCAGCUCCUGCAGAAGAACCGGAAUACCUAGAGCAGCCCUCAAGAAGUGAUGUCACCAAGUAUUUGAAAGAAGAGACCAUGCGAGCCAUCACCAAGGCAUCGUUAGAGCAUGAAGAUAAAAACCCUGAAACCGUUUUACAGCUGCCCCCUGAAAAAGCCACCAGCCCCCCACCUUCUAAGCAGCCCGCUGUAGAGGUGGCACUCGCUCCUGUAGGGACCUUUGCGGUCGCCUCAGAGAAGGGGGGUGAUGACGAUGAGAUCAUGAUGACGCCCGACAUGCAAGGUAUUAUCAUGGCUCUGGCUCAAUCGAGGAGUGUGUAUGACAGGUGUGGCCCUGAAGCAGGGUUCUUGAAGGCCAUCAAACUGGAGUACGCCCGGCUCCUGAAGCUGGCUCAGGAGGACGCGCCCCCGGAGCGAGACUACCGCCUGCAGCACGCCGUGGUCUAUUUCAUCCAGAACCAAUCGCCCAAGAGAAUCAUUGAGAGGACCUUGUUGGAACAGUUUGGAAACCGCACUUUGAGUUUUGACGAACGGUGUCGCAACAUCAUGAAAAUUGCUCAAGCUAAACUUGAAAUGAUAAAGCCAGAAGAAGUAAACAUGGAAGAAUACGAGAAGUGGCACCAGGACUACAGGAGCUUCCGAGACACCACAGCCUAUCUCACGGUAGGCCUCGAGCACUUCCAGACCAAGAGUUAUGUAGAAGCCAUACUGUAUCUCAUCUGUGCUUACCAGCAUAACAAGGAGCUCUUGUCCAAGGGUCCCUACCGAGGGCACGAUGAAGAGCUGCUGUCACAUUACCGAAGAGAGUGUUUGCUGAAGCUAAACGAGCAUGCUGCGGAGCUCUUUGAAUCUGGAGAUGAUCAAGAAGUGAACAAUGGAUUGAUAAUUAUGAAUGAGUUGAUUGUCCCGUGUUUGCCGUUGUUGCUGGUGGAUGAGAUGGAAGAGAAGGACAUAGUUGCUGUAGAAGAUAUGAGAAAUCGCUGGUGUUCGUAUCUCGGACAAGAAAUGGAAUCCCGCCUCCAGGAAAAGCUGACUGACUUCCUGCCCAAACUGCUCGAUUGCUCUACGGAGAUGAAAGGUUUCAGCGAGCCGCCGAAAUUACCUCCCUGCUCGACACACGAACUGUGUGAACGCUUUGCCCGAAUCAUGUUGUCCCUCAGUCGAACGCCCGCUGAUGGAAGAUAAAUAGACCUCUCUUAAGCACAUUGUAUAAACUUCUUCGUUCUUAACCCUUGCCUUCCUGUCACAAGGUUUGCUUGUUGCUGCUAUAGUUUUUAACUUUUUUAUUUUGAUAAUUGCAAAAGCCGAGAUGACUGUACAGACUAGCCAGGCUGCACCCAAUAAAGCUGAGAAUCGCAUGGCGCUCAGUCUUUGUUUUAACCGGACCUGACGCGGCAGACGCCCUUUCCACUCUUACUGGCUUUCAUCUCCGACCCCGUUCAGGCUGGAUCCUUGUGGAUGGCGGCCGCUUUAAGCGUCUGCUGCUCUGUAAGGCGCGUAGUGCUUGGAGCCGUGUAAAGGAAAUGAAAGAAUAAAGUUCUAUUUAUGGCUA